AUGCGGGGUUUUUCCCAUCGCGUAUCGCGGGUUCGCGCCUGACCCACACUAACGGGUGAUCUGUUAGCGAACUGUUUCGAUUAUUGAUCUUCUCAAGCUGGAACAUUUGAAGAGAUGAAAUGUUCUAAUGUACUCUGCAUAGGUAAUGCACUACUUUUACAAUUUCAUUGUAAUAUCAGAGGUUGUUUCGAACGCCUCAAUAACAUGCCCAUCAUGGGUUCAAGCCUGAAAUGGACCGCCCCAUCCCCGUUGCAAAGAAUUGACUAUCCGGCUGCGAGGUAAUGAAUUAAGUCUCGAAAACCUGUAUAAGCCGACAUGUCCGCGUAGGACGUUACGCCAUAUAGAAGAAGAUCAGUUGUUGUUUAUAUAUAUUUUCCGCUCAACAUUGAUACUUUUAUUUUUGUUUCAUUAAUUGCUCAUAAUAAAUGACUUUCUUACAUAGCAGCCAAUUCUUUGGAGUCAUGGCCAGCAACAGGUCAACAAGCCUGGGGCCAGAACGGUUAUCUAAAGUUGUGUAUCAUUCCAUUAACUAACCUUUUACACAAAGAGCAUAUUCACGCCAUCUGAGACUGUGUCAGUUUUGUCCAGUACGAUUCGAAUACCAUGACAAGUUGAGUGGAAGCUGGAUAAGUCGAAUCAUUUGUAAAAUUAACGUCUGAAUCAAAAUAUUUUACAAUAUAUACGAACAUUUUGCACUGUCUGGAAGUCUAUCCGAUCGGCUCAUACAAUGCCGAGAAAAAUCUUAACCGGAACAUCCCCCGUAACAGAAAUAAGCUGACUAUCCGGUUGUGUGGUACCAAUAAGUAUCGAAAGACGGAAGCCUGUAUAGGCUGGUAUGGUCGAGUAGGGUACUACACAAAAAAAAGAAGAUGUGUAAAAAUUGUACUAUUUGACAAAAUUGUCGUUGGCCAUUGAAAAUUAAAUGAUUAUAUUUCAAAUGUAUCACAUCUUGCUCUAUUAACCUUCCGCUUGUUUUGUUUUGAUAAACAUAUGCCAUUCUUGACAGUUGGUGGUGUUUGAAAUUCAGUUGAAAUGUCAACAGAAUUGUUUUGCUUGGCUUCGGAGAACGCGCCCUCGGAAUAGCAAGAAACAAAAAAUCGCUUGUGGUUCUUCGUUUAUCUAUUUUGUUAAGAUAAUCAUUACUUUACCUUAAAUUGUAACUAGCACGUGAAAGUACUCGCAUUGAGAAAUGAAAAUGUCUGCUGAUAAACCGGAUUUCGAGGAUAACGUCCCUACGGAACAGCAUCUGAAAGAACUGCUAACAACGGCUAUUGAAUUGGAUGCAAAUAUAUCGGAAAUAGAGCAGGAACGAAACAAAGCAUCUGAGCAGUUGGAUGCUGUUUGGAGUAGAAUCCAUCAAGCUAUCGUCAACGAAGCUGAGUUAAAACGAAAACGAGCCACGAUUCAGCAGUUAAAUAAUGAUUUUAGCAUUCAAGUACACAGACAGAAAAAAGAGGAAAGCUUCAUGGAUCAGUUCAAAGCACUGCAGAACGCUAUGGGCAUUACCAUUGUUUGCAAACCAGAACUGAAGACGACAGAGAUCACAUUCGACGAUGCACUAAAGACAAAAGUUUCAUUCGUAUAUGAUAUCAAAGGAAUAACGCUUGGUGAGAUGUACCCAGCACACCCUAAUGUGGAUGCAAUUCGGACGCAGCUUAGCGAAACAGGAGAUUUGUUGGGAUUUCUUUCGACGCUGAGGAAAAAACUAACACUGCAGAACGUCUAAAGUUAGCGUAAAUAGCUGUUAAUAAAAUAAAUAUAUGUAUUCAACCCGCA